AAUCCCAUCCACAUCCAAGAGUAAGAUUCUUCCUCCAGUCAAAUGCAAAUCGCUGGUUUAAUGGUGGUCGUCCUCGAGGAUUCCAGCCAGAAUGGCUACUUUGGAAUGGAAAUCACAAAUUUCAGAGAUGGAAUCGUCAUAGUCCAUCUAUAGAUUGCUGGCUAAGGAAGAGAACCCAAAAUCCGAAGGCUAUAAGGCAAGAUCGUGAAAGUCAUAAUCGGUUUCACUCCUUUCGAAUUCAAUCCAAGGUUUUUAAUCUCUUUCACUCUUCCUAUAACCAGAAUUUCUGUAUUAGUGAAGUUGGUAGGAGGAAUUAUAAUAUCUGGUUUGAUUGUAAAGGGUUGGAAUGGAUUCUUGAGAUUUUCCCCAAAUUAAAUCAGAGAAAUGCUUGGGCUAUUACUCGGUUUGAAAAGCAGCGAAAAAUUUCCAUCUCAUAUGGGUCAAAUAGGUGGGGAAGUUUUAUCAGAAUUCUUGAGUGUAGGGUAGAAGGGAACACCUCUAUUUUUAUCCCGGUGAAUAGAGGAGGUUCGAUUUCUUUCUAUAAUGCUCUGGAUGCCUUCUUUGGGAAGACUAAGGCCCCCAUUAUUACGGAUUCUAUAUCUAGUGCAUACAAACUUGCAGUGGUUCAUGAGCUUAGUGUUCCUGGCUCUUCAAACAUCUCUGGUUCUGCACAGCCUUCAAAUUUGGAUACCAAAGCUUUCUUUGGAACUCAACAAAAUGCUGAGUUACCCGANUAUCCCGGUGAAUAGAGGAGGUUCGAUUUCUUUCUAUAAUGCUCUGGAUGCCUUCUUUGGGAAGACUAAGGCCCCCAUUAUUACGGAUUCUAUAUCUAGUGCAUACAAACUUGCAGUGGUUCAUGAGCUUAGUGUUCCUGGCUCUUCAAACAUCUCUGGUUCUGCACAGCCUUCAAAUUUGGAUACCAAAGCUUUCUUUGGAACUCAACAAAAUGCUGAGUUACCCGAGGACAAGGCUCCUGCUGGGAUUGGUUUUAGUCAAGGAGCAGGGGGGGAAGCUCAGCCAGUGGGCUCACAAAAUACUAGAGGGAUUUUAGCUCCUCAAAGCAAUGAAGAACAUGGGAUAAAGAAUGUAUACAUACUGCCUAAAGACUCGGUCCCAAGUGUUAUAGAUACUGAACAUCAUACCACUCCUGGGGGGUUGAACUCGGAAGUUGAGUCCAUCAAAGCAUGUCUCCUAAACUAUGGAGAGCAAAUGAUAAUCGAAGGGUUGUUUAAGCAAACACCGGAAGGGGAAGUUUCAAGAACGGAUGAUCCUAUUCAUUCUGAACUUAAGCUUAUGAUCAUCGAUGCUAAUGUGGAAGAACCAGCAAGUGGAGAUCUCCAAAAGGAGUUUGAGAUAUUAAAGCCUAUAUUUGAGCAACAUAUUAGCGAUGACUUUGAGCAAUCUCUAUGGAUGAUUAAGGAGUCAUUGCGUUCACCUUUCAUCAAAGAAAAAAUUCAGAAGGGUCUUGUUCAAACUCUUCAGGGCAAGGCAAUAAAAGCUACAAGGGAAAGUAUGAAGAGCGCACAAUGCAUUAGGGCAAUCAAGAUAAAAGGUACGCGACAUCCAGUCCUACUAUCAUGUGCCAAUAUUGACGAGCCUAUCAUUACGUCUUUGUGUGAACAUCUCAUCGACUAUGAAUGAAGCAGAUGACUUUUGGGGACUGUUAGACUAUUUGUUUACUACCGGUAGAUGAUGGACACCUUGAGAUCCUACUGGUCGUCUUUGUUUUUGGGCACUAGUUUAUUAGAUUUUAAGAGAUGCAACUCUAUACUGUAGAUGGAAUCUCUACUGCCCUAUAUUAUCAUGAGCCCAUUGACCUGCAAGGAUUAGCUAGCAGUGGUAUGAGGACUCACCGGUUUACCUCCCUUUUUGAUGUUGAUUUAUGGCCAUGUUUACUUCUGCAGCUUAAACUGCUUACUUUAAAUAUUCUCAUGGUCCUCUACUACUUGGAACAAGACAUGGAACAUCUAUCCAUAUGCAAAAAUUUGAUUCCCUGCAGUAGCUCUAAUGAGGACCACCACGUUGGGUUGAGUAAUUUGAAUUCAUAUGGUGAAUUUUUGAGUGAUGGCAGACACAAGAUAAGAGAAUAUUUCUCCAGUCAUAUGGCGACAACAAGGGACUUAACAAAGCUUUGGGACCUCU